AUGUCGCAUCUCACAUACUACAACUACCCUGGAGUCGGAGAAACCAACCGGAGAGACUAUCAUUACAGUCAAGCUGUUCGAAUUGGAGACAGAAUUGAAUGUUCUGGGCAAGGUGGAUGGUUCCCUGAACAAGGUAUAAACUCAAUCCCCAGAGAAAUCAAUGCCCAGAUCGACCAGGCUUUUGCAAAUGUGGAUCUCGCAUUGAAGACCGCUGGCGGAAAGGGUUGGUCGCAAGUGUACAAAGUACGAUCUUACCAUGUUCCCAUCAACGGGGAAGCCCUCGAAGCUAUGAGCCGGAACUUCAAGAAGUGGAUGCCCAACCAUCAGCCUUUGUAUACGUGUGUUGGUGUUCAACGGCUAGGCGAAGAUGAUAUGCGCGUUGAGAUUGAAGUGGAGGCGCAUGAUCCUGAAGGGAAUGAGAAGAAGUAA